ACUAGCUACUGUAUUUCAAGUAUUUGCUCAUUGAAUAAAGCUACAUUGUAAAGACGUCGACGUACAUGUAGUAGCUUUGAAGUACAUGUAGAAUAAUUCUAACUGACAAAUAACUUGUUGUGAACGCCUACUGUCUAUUGCAUUGUGCAGAUAGUUUCAAGGAACUGUAGCAUUUAAAUUCUGCUGGCAAUGGCUCUACAUUCAGGUUACGGUCACGCUGUGCUGCGUCGUUGGCAGGCAUCCGGGACGACUGUCAGCGCAGAUAAUCUGAUGUAUCCAAUCUUUGUGACAGAUGACGUGGAUGGCAAGGAGGAAAUUGGAAGUCUCCCAGGCCAGUAUCGAUAUGGCAUCAACAGACUGGCUGAUGGGAUCCGGCCACUCGUGGAGAAAGGCCUGAAAUCGGUCUUGUUGUUUGGUGUUCCUAUGAAUAUUGAGAAGGAUGGCAGAGGAUCGGCUGCUGAUGAUCGCAAUGGCCCUGCCAUUCAAGCCACUCAGCUGCUGCGUAAGGAAUUUCCCAGCCUGCUGGUAGCAUGCGAUGUGUGCCUUUGCCCAUAUACUGACCAUGGACAUUGCGGUAUAUUGGAGCGGACCGGCUCAGGCCCAGAAGAUUUUCGUAUUGAUAAUGAAGCCAGCAUUGCCCGGCUUGCUGAAGUUGCGUUAGCAUAUGCCGAAGCUGGCUGUCAAGUUAUUGCUCCCUCUGAUAUGAUGGACAACAGAAUAGGAGCUAUAAAGCAGAAGUUGCAGGAAAACAAGCUGGCUGGUGUAGCCGUGCUCAGCUACAGUGCAAAGUUUGCCUCCCAGUUCUAUGGUCCGUUCCGUGAUGCAGCCAAAUCAGCUCCAGCGUUUGGCGAUCGUCGUUGCUAUCAGCUGCCAGUCGGUGCACGCGGCUUGGCCAAGCGUGCCGUGGAUCGUGAUGUUCAAGAAGGUGCUGAUAUGGUGAUGGUCAAGCCCGGUAUGCCUUACUUGGAUAUUAUGCGUGAUACGAAGGAGCGUCAUCCUGAUGUUCCUCUUGCAGUUUAUCAGGUGUCUGGAGAAUAUGCCAUGCUCUAUCAUGCCUCACAAGCCGGUGCUCUUGUCUUGAAAAGCGCAGUUUUUGAAAGUUGGGAAGGCUUUCGGCGUGCAGGUGCGGAUUUGAUCAUCACUUACUUCGUUCCACAAGUGCUACUCGAGUGGGGAUUUCCCAAUUGAUUCUACGCAUCCGGAUUGCGGUCUUGCACGUAGGACAUGUACGUGGCAGAGUCGACCACUGCAGUCUACUACUGCAGUCUGCCACUGUAGUCUGCCACUGCAGUCAACCACUACAGUCUGCCACUGCAGUCAACCACUACAGUCUGCUACUCAACUGUAAUGAUCACUAGCACCUAGUAGAUGUAGAUAUCUACCCAGUACUAUGCAGUACAAUGCAGUACAAUGCAGUACAAUGUAGUCUACUACUACGGAGAUCAGGGAGUCGUGAAAUACAAAUACGACUGCCUGAUGGAGAUAUGGUCAGAUAUCACUUAUUGACAUAGAGAUGAUUCGAAACCUUACACACGUUCCUUGUAGCAAGGUAAACUUGUCCAUCACUCCGUGUGAAAGAACCUUACACACGUUCCUUGUAGCAAGGUAAACUUGUCCAUCACUCCGUGUGAAAGAAGAAGGCACACCUACACGUAUGUCUCUCGACUGCUAAAUUUUUCUUGGCAUGAAAGUCUUGCCCGUGUUAUUGAUCACAGGAUACUCAUCAAUGGACAGCAGGUAUGGCAAUGCUUUCUUUCCAACAGUACUACAAACCGAACUCACAUGUCUGUAGCGUUAGAAACCGUUGGUGACUCUCAUGAUUAUUCUGUUUUCUGUCAGUUUACUGUCAUUUUUAAUUUUUUUAAACAAUGCCGUUUUAGUACAGGGUCUUUCGUAGAAUUCAGGAACCCGCAUGCAUCCAUCCACUGCUCCUCCUUGUGAGGUACUAUGGAACCAUCGUUUGUUUCGUUGGUGUAAAUUUGUACCUAAGGGGCCGUCCGGGGUUACCGAUUGUUUUUACAAAACGAAAAGUUUUAGUAUUUUUCAGCCCCCACCCACCCACCCACCUUUUCUGCAGGGAAAACGAAUUCCAAUAAAAUAUUGAUGUCAAUUUUCGACACCCAGAACUAACUGGGCAUUCUCCAUCAGCAUUCAAUAAUUAUUUUCAAAACGAAACUCCUUCAAACCCACCCACCCACAAACGAAAACAUUUCGUUUUGAAAAUAUGAUUGGUAACCUUGGACGGCCCCUAAGACUCUCCCUCAACUAAUGAAUUCAAGAUUCAGGAUCCAGUCACUCCCUUUGCACUGUGUAAUAUGGACCUAUGCUGCCUGAUUUCAUUCUAUUCUUCCAUGAAAUACUUAAAGUAUCAUCAAAAAAAUAUAUAGCGGUACAAACAAACA